AUGGUUUCUGGAAGAGAGAGAGAGAGAGACACAGAGGAGGAUGGGGAAUGGGAGUGUUUUGUUGGAUUACAAAUUACUUCAGGAGAGGAUGAGGGGGGUAUGUACGAAACCUUGCUCAUCAAAGAUAUAAUCGAUGUGAUAUGGAAAAGAUUACGUCCUACAUCGUUCACUUCUGUGGAGAACUCAGUUGGAUUAGACUCAAGUAUGAACUCAAUUGAUUUAUUGUUAGGUGCAGGGGUCGAUGAUGUUCGCUUUAUAGGGAUAUGGGGUAUGGGUGGGAUUGGUAAAACAACUAUUGCCAGAGUUGUUCGUGAGAGAAUCUCUCCUGAAUUUGAAUUGAGCAUAUUUCUUGAGAAUGUCAGUGAUAAUGUUCAAAAAGGUGGUCUAAUAUCCCAACAAAGAGAAAUUCUUUCAAGGAUAUCGAUGAAAACGAUUGACAUAUUUGAUGUUCAUGAAGGAUCUACAAUGUUUAGAAGAUUACUUCAUCACAAAAAGGUUCUUCUCAUUCUCGAUGAUGUGACGAACUCAGACCAUUUAGAUUAUUUGGCUGGAAAGCAAGAGUGGUUUGGCUCUGGGAGUAGGGUUCUUAUUACAACUAGAAAUGAGCAUUUGUUAGUUGAACAUGGAGUGGAGAGAAGAUUUCAUGUCAAACGUCUAAAUCAUGAUGACGCUCUUAAGCUUUUUAGUUGGAAAGCCUUUGGAAAAGACUACCCUGAAAAAAAUUAUAUUGAUUUGUCUAGCUGUGUUGUGAGUUAUGCUGAUGGUCUUCCACUAGCUCUUAAAGUUUUGGGGAGUUUUUUGCGUGGAAGACAUGUAACUGCUUGGAACAGUGCGUUGGGUAAACUAAGGGAUCUUUGUAACACAGUUUUGGGGACACUUCAAAUAAGUUACAAUGAUCUAGAUGACAAGGAGAAGAAAAUUUUCCUAGACAUUGCAUGUUUCUUUAACGGUGAGAAAAAAGAUCGAGUUAUAGAAAUCCUAGACAUGUACAGUUGCGGCUUUUGUGCAAGUAUUGGAAUAGAUGUCAUCAUUGAGAAAUCUCUGUUAACUAAUUCAUAUGGCACUCUAUGGAUGCAUCGAUUGCUCCAAGAGAUGGGUCGUGAAAUAGUCAAUCGAGAGUGUCUUGAUGAGCCAGGAAAUCGCAGCAGGUUGUGGUGCCAUGAAGAGGCCAAGCAUGUGUUGAGCAAAAAUACAGGAACAGAUGCAGUAGAAAGUAUAACCAUGGACAAAACUGGGCCAGUGGUGCACGGGGAUGCUAAAUGCUUUUCAAGGAUGAAGAAACUGAGACUUCUCAAUCUCGCUAAUGUGAACCUCUCUAAUGAUCUUGAAUAUCUCUCUGAUAAUUUACGAAGUCUUGAAUGGGCUGGGUAUCCUUCAAAAUAUUUCCCGUCACAUUUCAACCCAGAGAAACUACUAGAACUUAACAUGUGCCAUAAUCACAUUGAAUCUUUUUGGACGGGUGUUAAGAUUUUAUACAAUUUGAAAGUCAUUAAGCUCAGCCACUCAUUGAAUCUUGUCAACACCCCAGACUUUAGAGGCUGUCCAAAUCUUGAGUAUCUGAUUCUGGAAGGUUGUAUACGAUUGUAUAAGGUUGACCCAUCCCUUGGAAUGCUUGAAAGAAUUACUCAUGUAAACUUGAAGGAUUGCAAAAGUCUUGUGCAUCUUCCAAGAAGUGUGUAUGGCUUAAAAUCUGUCAAAGUUCUUAAUCUCUCUGGCUGCUCAAAGCUCGAAAAGUUGCCUAAUGAGUUGGGCAAUGCAGAGUGUUUGGAGGAGCUUGAUGUGAGUGGAACUGCCAUAAGACAACUGCCUUCCUCCAUUGUUCGGUUGAAAAGCCUCACAGUAUUAAACUUUCGUGGAUUCGUGUUCCCACGCCUUUGUUCCCACGCCUUUGUUGUUGCUGCCUUCUCUAUCUUGUCCUCAUUAACCGACCUAGAUCUCAGUAGAAACCAGUUUGUUAGCCUACCCAACGGCAUCUCUCUACUUUCUAGACUUCAAUUUUUUAACUUGGAGUAUUGCGAGAGGCUUCAAGAAUUGCCAGAGGUUCCACAAACAGUAAUAGCAGUUGUUGAUAACUGUAUUUCAUUAGAAAGAAUUGCCAGAGGUUCCACAGAAAGGUGCAAGUUGCUGUUACGGGCACAAUGUAUCAACUGCUUCAAAUUUGCUGAGAUGCACAAUUUUAGGAGUUUGGUAUUUACAUUACUGGAACAAUACGUUGGGGAAGUCCCUAUUACUCAAGAUGUAUUUCAAUUUGUUGUUCCUGGAAAUGAAAUUCCCGAGUGGUUCAAUCAUAAAUCUGCUGAAUAUAUAUACAAUGAGGAGGAGUGGUUCAAUCCUCAAAGUGUGGAGUAUCCAUUAAGUGUGCAGCUAUGUCCAGGUUGGUUUACUGAAAAAUGGAUGGGAUUCGCGGUGUGCAUUGCUUUUGGAAUCCAGGAACGAUCACCUAAUUGCGACCAUGCUCUUAAGUAUCCUAGAUUUGAUUACAAUUAUACACAUAUUAUUACUUGCAAAGUGGACAUCAAUGGAAAGGAGAUGACGGCACGUAGGCGUCCAUUUGUGUUUCUCAAUGCAGAGUUGGGCCAAGCUGUGUCUGAUCACCUUUGGGUACUCUUUUUUCCUCGUCACUUUCCUCAGUUGUGGAAGGGUAUCAGCGAUCAGGUUAAAUUGCCUUCUGGCACAGAGUGGUGGCAAGGUAUAUUUGGUCAGAUUACAUUUUCAAUUACGGCCAGAGUUGGCCAUGGAGUAAUAGUGAAGCAGUGUGCAGCUCGUCUGGUGUACAAGGGAGACUUGGAAGAGCUUGACCCAAGAUUUAGCUGCCGGACCCGAAGCAAUGUCACCAUUUCUGAGGCGGAUUCAGAAUUCCCCUCUUAUACAAACAAGUAG